AUGGCAGCAGGUGAGCAGAUGAACAAAAGCAGUGAGUGUUAACAAUGAGUGAGGUCGAAAAUUAAUUAAUGAGGAUAGCUCCCCUGUCCUGCUCUCGCUCUCUCUCGUUGUCUCUUUCACUCUCUCCCCCCCUAUCCCUCUCAUAGCUCAUUAGCCAGAGAGGCAGCUGUGGGCUGGGUGUAGCUGAUAGGGCGGGGACUAGUGGAGUUGAGGAAUAGAGUAGAGGAGGAAGAGGAGGAGUAGUGACGUGAAGACCGAGGAAAGGAGGAGGAAUCGCGGAAGAGAAUUCAGAGUGGAGGAGUAGCAGAGAAGUAGAGAGGAGAAGAGUGGAGGAGUGUAGAGGAGGAGGGAGACUAAGUAAAGACAGAGAUGAGAGGAGAGGAGAAGUCAAGCAGAGAGACUAGGGGUUGGGAAGUGAAGGAGACAGACACAAGGAGGGGAGGCUAGAGUGGCCAGCCACUCCACUGGAGCCCGAGCUAGUCGCCUGCUUGCUGACAGAAACAGUGGCAGUAAUUAACCAUACACUUAUCCCCACGCUCGCUCAAUGACCAAACACUUGCCCCCUGUCUCUUUCACUCACACUCACACUCUCUCUCUCUCUCUCUCUCUCUCUCUCUCUCUCUCUCUCUCUCUCUCUCUCUCUCUCUCUCUCUCUCUCUCUCUCUCUCUCUCUCUCUCUCUCUCUCUCUCUCUCUCUCACACACACAACCACACAGUAUAGACUGUAGAUCUCCACCUCCAUGCUCUGUUGCAUUUCUCUCAGAUUGAAAUGGAGUCCCACUCUGGUAUUGGCACAACAGGCUCUCAUUAAUUCAUGAGGAGAUUUUAUGACCUCUAUCAGAUGUUGGCUUCUUGAAAGCCUGCCCAGAUGAGAUGAGAGAGAAGGACACCUAGCUUGGGUUCAUGCUCAAGUCUAAAAGUGAGUGAGAGUAGGUAGAGUUAAAAGCAACAGAAUGAUAAAUGAAACUCAAAAGCGCUAUGUAGUCGGUGUGUGUGUGUGUGUCUGGUUGGCUUGAUCUACUCCUGGUCGUGGUGCCCAUUAAAAACACAGGGAACAUUGAAAAUCAAUGGCCUAGAUGCUUCUCCGCCUCAUCCCCAUGGGAAACGCAUCCAUCUCCUCCAUACUCACUCACUUUCACUGAUAGACCUCAGACUGUUCAGUAACCCAUUCCUAGAAUGCUAGAACACACACACACACACACACACACACGCACACACCACGCCAAAGAGGGUCAUGCAAGGCUCCAUUAAUCUACCCCCUAAGCCAAUUCUAUCCCUCAUUUAUAAUUCAAGAUAUUUGCUAUGACCGCACAAGUCUAUCCUCACAAUAGCCAGCCAUUAUUGAGUGGGGAGCGACCCCAUGUCUUCCAUGAUGUUGUCCAACUGGAAAUGAAGUGUCCCUGUUUCAAAGUUCCUCUUUCCUGUGUUCAGUGUGAAUUACCUCUAUACUGUAUGACUGUAGGACUAGGGAUGUAGUGGAGGGUAUUUAUUUAAAGGUGAAUCAUUGAGAACACAUUAUAUUUUACAAACAGUGCUUUUACAAGCACUGUGUACUCUCAGUGUUGCAAAUAGCGUUUAUGCACCUACUACGCUAGUAGUAGUAGUACUGUAAGUAGCACUUAUGUGGAGCGCCACCGUAUCUUGAUCGUCGUUCACCAUUUACCUUUAUAUUUACCAGUACUUCCCAGAGUAGGGCCUUGUAACAUGACGUCUUAUCAGCUGUAAACUGUAUCAUCUGGAUAUUUUUAAACGUUCAAUUCAAUAGAACGACGGAAACUGCAAUGACAGGUAAAACAUUUUGUAUUGCUCAAGUGCAAAAUCAUAAUUGUGAUUACCCAAUAAUAUAUAAUGUCAUGUUGCUCAACGAUGUGUCCUCAUUUAGAGCAAUCCACACCCCUGACUGACUAUCAGGCCUCAGCAGUGCCUGUACUUGCGGUGCCGGCUCUCUAUUUACUGGCCUUUGGUGCUGUUCACUUUGGCCUGAGUGGUAUUCACAGCAGCAACAGCAUCAGGGUGUUCUUCAGGCGGGUCGACUGUCCAUGUCCAUCUCCUGAAUGAUCUCUGGCCUGGUGAAGCAUUGGCCUGGUGAAGCAUUGGAAGCAUCUGUGAUUUCUCCUGGCUAAUGUGAAUGUAAACCGGUAUGGUUAUUUAUGCAGUGGCGAUUUUAGCAUGUAAAUCUUGGUGGGAAAAAAUAAAUAGAAAAUAUUUGUUGCAUGCCAGCAAAACCACUACACAACACAACUCUAAACAAUACAUUCAUUGGACUAUAACUGUGAUUUCCAACUUGUUGUGUACUGUUUAUGUCCAAUAAUGUUUUGUCUAUCAUUUCUGUUCAUAAUUGAUCUUCAUAUUACAAGGAUCGAAAAGGAUUUGCCAGUAGAUUCAUGAUGAUGACUGCUAGCUAAGAUUUUGAAAGUAUGAUGUUGACAUGAUCAGUCCAAUCAAAGCUACGGUAGAUAUAACGUGAUUUUAUCUGUCCAAUUUAUCUUCUUUUUAUUUUAUUUUAUUAUUUUACCCCUUUUUUGUGGUAUCCAAUUGUCCCUUCGCCUCUCCCGUACGCACUCGGGAGAGGCGAAGUUCGACAGCCGUGCGUCCUCAGGAAGCUGGAAGCCAGUCGCACCAAUGUGUCGGAGGGAACACCGUACACCUGGCGACCGUGUCAGUAUGCACUGCGCCCGGCCCGCCACAGGAGUCGCUAGUGUGCGAUGGGACAAGAAUACCCCUGCCGGCCAAACCCUCCCCUAACCUGGACGACGCUGGGCCAAUUGUGCGCCGCCCCAUGGGUCUCCCGGUCGCGGCCGGCUGCGACAGAGCCUGGACUCAAACCAGGAUCUCUAGUGGCACAGCUAGCACUGCGAUGCAGUGCCUUAGACCACUGCGCUACUCGGGAGGCCUGGAUGGGCACUUCUAAUGUAACUCUAUGGCAGCACCCAAGGGGCUUGAAUUUUCGAGCUCUCUCCGUAGAGUUUGCGGUGACGUAGUGUCCCCAUGAGUGACAGAACACUGAGCCAAUCAAGGCGCAACUAGAAAACAUUACCAACCCCUACGCUCCAUAUUUUCCGUUGGCUGCCCCACCACCACAGAAAGCACUGAGCUAGGCUGAAACACCUGCAUUUUGGAGCUGCCUUACUCAAGAAAGCAAAAAAGAGACCAUGUUUGUAUGCGGCUUUAUUAACUCAAUUAUUAUUAUUUUAUUUUUUUGCUAAACAGUUGUGGAGCCCACAUCAUUUUCCCUCUCCUCUUUCGGCCGGUGAGGCGGUAGAGAAGCCUGCAGAACCUCUCCCUGAGGGGGGCGGUGCGGGCCACUAGCAAGGCCCAAAAGUGUCUCACUCCCCGGGUCAGAAAGCUCAUAAUGAGCUAGGUCAUCGCAAGCACCAGCACCAGUGUAGAUACUACCAUGACCUGGUAGUAUAUGAGGAGCUGUAGGUCACGGGGGCGUUUGCCAAAGUUGUCUGAAAAAGCAUGUCGGACGUGAGACCCGCCCCAGUUAAGGGACAGGGACUGCGCAUCAAACAUAUUGCCAAAUGUAUCCAUAGAAAUAAAUGAAUUAAUUAAUUAUAAUGAAUUAAUGAAUACAAUGAAGAGCAGGUUACAGAGUUGUUGAUUGUCCACUGUCAACAUUCUAGAACUCUUGUAACAUACUGGGUCCAUAUAAUAUUAUGUUUCAUGACAGUCCCACUAUAAACAUUCUGGUAGUUGUGAUGUCAUAAUCGAUUCUUCUAUUACAUCAUGUUGGGUCCAUAUCUUGUGUAUGUUUGACAGUGAACAGUAAACCCAAUUCACUUUUACAAAGCACAGCUAGCCAACUAGUAGUUUGACUUGUAAUUUGUACUGCCUACUUUUGAAAGACGAUUUCUUUAAUCAAAAUGGCACAGCUCUCCCAGAAGGGUGGGCUGUGCAACAUGAAGAUGUUAUUGUUGGCUGUUAUUUUCUGUCUCCUAUCGUUUGUUGCUGCAAAUGUGUUGGUGUCUUCAGAGCACAAGACUUUGAUGCCAGUGAAGGACCACCCUAUUCUGAACAACCCUGAUGCUACAAAAGAGACCAAUUUUAAGUCAUUGCUGGAACGACUUGUGAGUUUACGGGUGAAAGACGAUUCUUCUCCAGGUAACGUGGGCCAGUUGACAAAAGGAUAUUCCUCAAAAAAUGUCAUAGACCACCCGGACUUUGAUGAGUCCCUGCCCCUGAAUUAUGUUCCAGAGCACAAGCCGUUGAUGCCAGUGAAGGACCACUCUGUUCAGAACAACCCUGAUGCUACAAAAGAGACCAAUUUUAAGUCAUUGCUGGAACAACUUGUGAGUUUACGGGUGAAAGACGAUUCUUCUCCAGGUAACGUGGGCCAGUUGACAAAAGGAUAUUCCUCAAAAAAUGUCAUAGACCACCCGGACUUUGAUGAGUCCCUGCCCCUGAAUUAUGUUCCAGAGCACAAGCCAUUGAUGCCAGUGAAGGACCACUCUGUUCAGAACAACCCUGAUAAUACAAAAGAGACCAAUUUUAAGUCAUUGCUGGAACAACUUGCGAGUUUACGGGUGAAAGACGAUUCUUCUCCAGGUAACGUGGGCCAGUUGACAAAAGGAUAUUCCUCAAAAAAUGUCAUAGACCACCCGGACUUUGAUGAGUCCCUGCCCCUGAAUUAUGUUCCAGAGCACAAGCCAUUGAUGCCAGUGAAGGACCACUCUGUUCAGAACAACCCUGAUGCUACAAAAGAGACCAAUUUUAAGUCAUUGGUGAAGAGCACCCUGAAGAUCAAACCCAGAGUCAACAUAUUGACUGACCCUUCUUACUCCGAGCCACUUGUGAAGGUGAACCUGAUUUUGGGGCCCGUUUUCUAUAGCUUCAUCGUAAUAGUGGUUCUCUAUGAGGCUGUGAGAAUCUCCAAGGAGGCUAGAAGGCGAUCUGAUGCUAUUGCCACUGCUUGGCUCACUGAGGUUUGCGUCAAUUAA